AUGAACCUCGGCCAGAUGAAGAACGACCCGGGGAGCGGCUCGGCGCAGGCCAUCCCGUCCCUCAAGCGCACGCUCAGCGGGGGAGCAGCCAGCAGCGUGGGCCACGGCCACCCGGGCGGACUCACGAGUCACUUGAGCGUCGGCAUGAACAGCAUGAACUCGAUCCCGUCCGUCCUGCACGCGACGUGUAACACGAACCCGCCGCAGAUGCUGCGCGCCGUCACGUCCUCGGGCGUCUACAACCGUCCGUCAGGGAACUCGACGCUCCGGGGCGGCAGUAGCGGCCCGUCUGCAGGCGGUGGUAGCGCCUCGUCUGCCGCUAGUAGCAACGUGACUGCUGCGACUGCGAUGCGCAGCAUCUCCCAGUCGUCCACGAUGCAGGACUGGCGGAUGUACUUGACGAUUGAAGAGCGCCAAGCCGUGCGCUCGAAGAUCCGGGACGCGUACACGAGUCGCUGCUCGACGUACGAAGAUUUGCUGCAAGUGGCGUGUGCUAUUGAGGAGGAGCUGCUGCACAUCUCGGCGCCGUCGCGUUUGGACUACUUCAAGAGCGGCUUCGAGUUUGAAAACCGCGUGAAGCUGAAGAAGGACCAGCUACAGGGUCAAUUGGCGGCAUUAGACGCCAAGCGGCGGUCAAUGAGUGGUCAACAGCAGCAAAACCAUCAGGGGGGUGGAGGCAGUGGCUCCAGUGCGAAUAAAUCAGUAGGAUCGACCAAGAAGCAGAGGAGCUAG